AUGGCGGUGGCGUCGACUCCGCCUCUGCAGCUUGUCAUAGCCGCGCUUCUUGCGCUGUCCCUGUCCACGACAGCGUCCUCGUCGCCUGCGCCGGCGAACCGGAGCAGCUGCUACAAGCGUCUAUUCAGCUUCGGCGACUCUCUGACCGACACCGGCAACUACAUCAUCCACUACUCGAACGCGUCAGGGCCGGUCCUAGCGCUGCCAUACGGCGAGACCUUCUUCGGCCGCCCUACCGGCCGAUGGUCCGACGGCCGCCUCAUCAUCGACUUCAUCGUGGAGAGGCUGGGGUUCCAGUACUGGCCGGCGUACCUGAAGGGGGCGGCCGGGAAGUCGCCGGCGGAGGAAUUCCGGUACGGCACCAAUUUUGCGGUUGCGGCCGCCACGGCGCUGAGCCAGGAUUUCUUCCUGGAAAAGAACCUCAGGGUGGACCUGCUUACCCCGAGCCCGAUCCCCCCUUACUCCCUCGGCGUCCAGAUCGACUUGUUCAAGAAAGUGCUCGCCAUGCUCGCCUCCACGGACCAAGAGAGGAAGGAGGUGAUGUCGAGCUCGCUGUUCCUGGUGGGGGAGAUCGGCCUCAACGACUACAACCACCCCUUCUUGCAGAACAAGACCCUGGAAUGGGUCAGGCCCCUCGUGCCCCAGGUCAUCAGCUCCAUCGUUCUGUCCAUCGAGGCUCUGAUCGAGCUAGGCGCCAAGACCAUGUAUGUGCCGGGCAUCUUCCCGCUGGGGUGCACCCCGCUGUACCUCUCCCUCUUCCCCGGCGACGACCGCGACCCUGCCACGGGCUGCCUCCGGGGGGUCAACGACCUCAUCCUCGCCCACAACCACAUGCUGGAAACCAAGCUUGAGGAGCUCCGCCGUGACCACCCCGGCGUGUCCAUCACCUACGUCAACUCCUACGACAACGUCCUCGGCCUCAUCACAGCGCCCACCCAAAACGGCAAGCGGUUCGACAAGGAAACGGUGCUGGAGGCGUGCUACCCCGUCUUCAUUUCUGGGUCGGCGGCGGUUCCGUGCGUGGACCCGUCCAAGCACGUGAAUUUCGACGGCCUGCACAUGACGGAGGCGGUGUACAAGCUCAUGGCCCGCGGGAUGCUCGACGGCCCGUUCGCCGCGCCGUCCAUCAUGUCCACCACAUGCAACCACGGCUGCUAG